AAAUCCAGCCUUCCAUCAUCACAAAUUCUCUACAACAAUCACAUUUCCCAUUCCCUUCAGCAAGACAAUGGCUUCUUCAACCUCCUUCUUCCUCUUCUUCCUCCUCGUCUCGUGCCUGGCCCUCGAGGCGGCCGCAGGGCGCGAGGUCCCGCCGACGGACUCCAAGUUGUCCUUUGACGGCUCUGUGUGGAUCCCGGGCCUCGGCCGUUACAUGAUUCCCAAGAAAGGCUCCAAGUCCUUGGACUACAACCCCAUCACUGGAUCCCCGGGAGGGAACGGUUUGUCCAUCCCUGGGUUUGGGGGAUCGACCGGAGGUCGCAACUACAUCCCCGGUGGAGACGACACAUUCGUGCCCAACCCUGGCACGGAGGUGCCUGUCUCUGGCGGCGGAGGGAUCCCCGUACCAUCCAACCCUUGAGCUCAUAUGAGACGAGAACUGUUGAAAUCUAUGUUUUUUUUUUCCUUAUGUUGUAUAAGGGCGUGUAGCAUUCUAUUUCUACGUUUCUCAUUGUUGUAGCUCUCUGCCAUGUUUGACGUCAAUAAAAAGUGUGUUGAGUGUGUUUCUCUA